GGAUUCAUAGUGCCUCACAGUUUCCAAUUCUCUUAGCGUGUCAAGAGCUUCACUUCUCAAAAGAUGGCAAUGAUCUUAGACGCUUUCGUGCAAAGAUACAUGACCAAACUCGCAGAUUUUGUAGAGGGUGAGGUGUCAAUCAUGCUCAAGGUGAAGGAUGAGCUCCAGAAGCUUCAGAGAAGACUGGAAAGGAUAAGAGGUUUUCUUGAACAUGCAGAGAGGAAGAGGCAUGAAGACCCAAACAUCAGUAAUUGGGUGAGGGAGUUGAAAGAUAUCAUGUAUGAUGCGGAUGAUAUCAUCGACCUUUGUAUCAUCGAAGGUGGAAAAUUAUCGGAAAGUCAUCAAUCCAUUUAUGUGGUAUGCCAUCCCUUCCCUUUAUUUUCUUGCUUCAGUUAUAUGAAGUUCUGCCAUGAAAUUGGUAUCAGAAUUAUAGAUCUUAAUAAUAGGCUGAAAGAGAUUGUAGAGGAUAGAUCAGCACUGCCUAAACUAGAAGAAUACACUAACCAAGUUGUUCAAGUGAGUAGAGUGAAUCCUCGUCAGACUUUUCCCAUUGAGGUCAAUUCUGAUAUCAUAGGGACACAAAUUGAAGGAGCUACCCAGGGUCUUGUGGAUUCAUUAGUCAAAGAAGAUAAACAAAAAUACUGGAUUUUGGGGAUUGUUGGGAUGGGUGGAAUCGGCAAAACGACUCUUGCUUCUAAUAUAUACAACGAUGAAAGAAUCAAAGAAAGCUUCCCUAUACGAGUAUGGGUAUGUGUUUCCAAGGAUUUUUCAGAGACAAAGUUGCUGAAAGAGAUUAUUAGAGGUGCAAAUGGAAAUUAUGGGCAGGCUGAAACAAAGGCUGAGCUCAUACCCAAUCUUUCCUCUGUCCUUUCAAGAAGGUUCAUUAUCGUAUUAGAUGAUAUAUGGGAAGCAAAAGUGUGGGAGGAUCUGCUCAGAUAUCCUUUGGAAGGUGCAGCAGCUAGUGGUAGGAUCGUGAUGACUACUCGAGACGUAAAUAUGGCUAAAAAUAUGAGUGCACUUGUCCACCACGUUGACCAGAUGAAUACUGAUGAUGGCUGGGCGUUGCUCUGCAAGAAAGUCUUUAGAGAUGACGAGAAGGAAGAGAUCCUUAAUUUAAAAAAAAUUGGGAUUAAAAUUGUUGAAAAAUGUGAUGGUCUUCCUCUUGCAAUCAAGGCCCUUGCAGGCAUUUUACGAUCGAAACAGAGAAGCAGAAUAGAGUGGAACAAGGUUCUCACAAGUGAUUCAUGGUCUAUGAGCCAACUUCAGACAGAACUCCCAGGAGCCUUAUUUUUAAGCUAUGAAGAUUUAUCAUCUGAUCUAAAACAAUGUUUCCUUUAUUGCUCGUUAUAUCCUGAGGACCACCUGAUGAAUCGUGAAGAUCUUAUUCGGUUCUGGCUGGCUGAAGGCUUCGUAAAACCACAAGGGGAUGCAUUGUUAGAAGAUUUAGCGGAACACUACUAUAAAGAGUUGAAUUGGAGGAAUCUUUUGCAACCAUAUCCUCGUAGCUUAGAUGAUAGUCAGUGCAAAAUGCAUGAUCUGCUACGUUCUCUUGCUCUAUUUUUGAUAGGAGAUGAGAGCACUUUUGUUGGUGAUGAAAAAACAUGCAAGACGAACCCCUUGAUCAAGCUUCGUCGCUUGUCAAUUUCAAACAUGGGAGAGAAGCUAGAAAUCCCUGAUGCAGUAAAAAAGCAGAAAUGCUUGAGGACUCUAAUUGCCUGGAAUAGUCCCAGAACAAAGAUAAUUGAGCAUGAACUCGGAAGACUUGGGCAGCUACGAGUUUUGGACUUGACCGGGACAGGACUGGAGAGCCUUCCAGACUCCAUUGGAAACCUGUUACAUCUGAGGCACCUAGAUCUUGAUAGAACGAAUGUCAAAAAUUUACCAGAGCGUAUCGGACGCCUUCAAAAUCUGCAGACAUUGAACCUCUCGGGCUGUAAAUCGUUGCACUCGCUUCCCAAGGCCGUCACAUGUUUGCGCAAUCUAAGAUGCCUUCGCCUCCCUGGAACUCCAUUGAGCCAUCUCCCAAAAGGAAUAGGCAAACUGAGAAAUCUCGUUUAUCUUGAAGGAUUUGUGGUCGGUGAUGAUGGUGGCGAGGAAGACCAGGGGUGCGAUUUGGAGGAGCUGCAAUCUCUAUACCAGCUGAGAGUGCUAGAGAUAGACAGGUUGGAGAGGUCACGAGCAGGAGCUUCGGCACUCUCGAACAUUUGCUUUCUUAGAAAAUUGCUUUUGCGCUGGGUACCACCCGAGGCCGGGAACAACCAACCAGGAUCUGGUUGA